GUUCACAUGACACGCGCUUGUCAGGCGUUGAACGCGCGUUACCGCGGCCGCCAUGGUUCAGUCAGUAGAGUUGUUAUAUUUGUCGAAGAUGGACGUAGAAACAGUUUUAACGGUGAUUUUAUACCGACGAUGGCAGAAACGACGCGACAGAAGACGGAGAUAUUGGGUCCACCCAAUUUUGUCACACAGGCUGACUGAAAGCCAGUACAUAAUUUUGUAUCCUAAAUUAAGGCAAUUCGGACCCAAAUUUUUUAACUACUUCAGAAUGUCCGUCAAGUCAUUUGAUGACUUACUGGCUCUCAUAAACGAUGAACUCGUAGCAGAUAAAAACGCUGUGCGAUAUAGCAUUUCACCAGAAGAAAAACUCAUAAUUACAUUGAGAUAUUUGGCCACAGGAUGUUCACUUGGGACAUUAAGCUACGAUUAUAGAAUUGGAAAAUCUACUGUGGCUACUAUAAUACCACAUGUAUGUGAAACUAUUUGGAGAAAAUUGAGACCCAUUGUUAUGAGUGAACCAACGAAAGAAAAGUGGUAUGAAAUAUCCACGAUAUUUGAAAAGAACUCAAAGUUUCCAAAUUGUUUGGGAGCCUUGGACGGGAAACAUAUACAUAUACGGUUAAUCCAGCCUGAACACACGGGUUCCAUGCAUUAUAACUACAAACACUUUUUUUCGCUAGUUUUAUUGGCGCUAGCGGAUGCAAACUUUUGUUUUGUGUGGGUUGACAUAGGUGCCUAUGGUAAAAACAGUGACUCAGGUAUAUUCAACAAUUCAUCAUUGUACAAAAAGCUGACAGAAAGGUCAUUAGACCUACCUGAGCCAAAGGCAUUGUUAAUACAAAAUAGACCGACAGUGUUGCCAUAUGUGAUAGUGGCUGAUGAAGCUUUUGGCAUGAUGGAGAAUUUAAUGCGGCCAUAUGGGGGAAGGUCACUAACUUAUGCUAAAAAAAUAUUUAAUAACCGUUUGACAUUAGCACGCCGGUAUGUUGAAUGUACUUUUGGUAUAAUGUGCAAUAAAUGGCGCAUUCUACAUAGGCCGUUAGAUGUUAACAUCGGUUUUGCAGAAAAGAUCGUAAAAGCGAUAUGUACACUACACAAUUAUGUCAGAAUGAGGGAUGGCUACAAUUAUGAAGAUACACUUUAUACUCCACCACUGGAAAAUGUAGCCUCACAUUAUACCGGGCAUGCUGUGCGACAGGCGGAUAAUGUUCGAGUACAUUUAACAAAUUAUUUCAUCAACGAAGGAAAAGUUGAUUGCUUGGAUCGCAAUAUUUAA